CCGCCUUCGGAAGAGGAAGUAGCGGCGCGCAAGAGAGCCGGCAGUGACCGGGGCAACCUGCGGUGACCGAGCGAGGGGAAGGAGGUGCCGGCGGGUCGCUGCCACUCCGCGCCGGAGUUGGCGGUUAGAGGCGGGGCCGGAGCCCGGGACCGGAGUCAGACUUGCUUGGAUUCAACACUGCGAUUCCAACCAUGGGUUUGUCUGUAUCUACCCCUGAUGUUGCAGUUCAGACGUCAGAUCAUCAGACAGCAGCCCCGCCUUCGGGAUGCCCAAUGCAUGAAGGGAAAAUGAAAGGCGGUGCAGUGAGUGCCGAGCCAUCUGACCCAACCUGUGGGAGCAAAACGGACUCUGUGCCUGCGCACCAAGAACGCGCGUACGAGUACGUGCAGUGUCCCGUCACCGGCGCGAUGGCUGAGAAUAAGGAGAACCUAGAUCCUUCUAACCUGAUGCCACCACCUAAUCAGACGCCAGCCCCCGAUCAGCCGUUUGCACUAUCUACUGUGAGACAGGAGUCAUCUAUUCCGAGGGCAGAUUCAGAUAAAAAGUGGGUUUAUCCUUCCGAACAGAUGUUCUGGAAUGCGAUGUUAAGGAAAGGGUGGACAUGGAAGGAUGAGGAUAUUAGUCAGAAAGACAUGUAUAAUAUCAUUAGAAUUCACAACCAGAACAAUGAGCAGGCCUGGAAGGAAAUUUUGAAGUGGGAAGCCCUUCACGCUACGGAGUGUCCUUGUGGUCCAUCACUGAUCCGGUUUGGAGGGAAAGCGCAAGAGUAUUCACCAAGGGCGAGAAUUCGUUCCUGGAUGGGGUACGAGCUGCCUUUUGACAGGCACGACUGGAUCGUCAACCGUUGCGGGACAGAAGUCAGAUACGUCAUUGACUACUACGAUGGUGGCGAGGUCAACCACGACUACCAGUUCACCAUCUUGGACGUCCGGCCGGCUCUGGAUUCGCUCUCGGCCGUGUGGGACAGGGUGAAGGUCUCCUGGUGGCGCUGGACUUCCUAACCACUGCUUUGUCAGACAUGGGAAUAUAUAAACUAUUUUUUUUUUCUGAGCAAUACAUUAAACUACUUUCCCCAAACUGAAUUGCACUCCUGAUAUAAUGGGAGUGUCAAGGGGGUCAUCACACCUUACAUGUCACUUAGCAGAGGGCACUCUGCACGUGCUCUUCUGAGCUCUGUUUCCACCUUGCAGUUGAUACUGCAUCAUUUUAAGUCGUCUUCCCAUUUAGAGAAGUGGGAAGCACUCCCUGUAGCAUUGCCUGUGUAUUUAAUCUAGCAAAGUCUGAACAACCUCCGAGAAAGACCUUUGCUUAAAAUAUGAAGAGAGCUGCUUUUUUCCUCCCUGUUUUCUCUUACAUACUGACACGUAGAUCUGAAAGCCCACGGGAUGCUCAGGAGCUCUGACCUGGUCCACUGUUUCAAUUAAAAGUGUUCUGUUGGGCUUCCCUGGUGGCGCAGUGGUUUAGAGUCCGCCUGCUGAUGCAGGGGACACGGGUUCGUGCCCCGGUCCAGGAAGAUCCCACAUGCCGCGGAGUGGCUGGGCCCAUGAGCCAUGGCCGCUGAGCCUGCGCGUCCGGAGCCUGUGCUCCGCAGCGGGAGAGGCCACAACAGUGAGAGGCCCGUGUACCGCAAAAAAAAAAAAAAGUGUUCUGUUACGCUUUUUAAAAAGUCACCAACAUUUCUAAAGUCCCUGCGAUACAGUAGUGACCCCUGAAGGAAAUGCAGUCACACACUGGAAAUGCGCUCAGCCAGACUGAAGUGUGUCUGGCUCUGCACAUUUUCGCUUAUGUGACUUUUUCACACUGGACCUUGAUCUAGAAUAAUUUCAGCUCCCCCAUGACUUGAUGAUGCACGUGCAUUGGAGUAUAUGUUUUAACUUUUUAAAUAUUUUUGUUUUAAUUCCAAUUGUUCUGAUAUGUAACUCUGCCCGCCCCCCGCAAGCGGGCCUCACUGUACUGGCAUUUGACAACUUAAUCCCACCCUUGAGUCCCAUUCCUUCCCCUGCCUGAAGCCCUUCUCUGCUUGGCCUCAUCUGAACCAUGAAGGUCUGGCUGAAGUCGCAGUGCUGGGGACAGUCCCACUCUAAAACACGAUUAUAUUUUGUCCACUGUUGUUAGAAUUCACAAGGAGAAUGUUUUUCCCAGAUGUAGAAUGGUUGCACCAACUCACUGUCUCCGUUCACAUUUGUUUUUUUAAGGGAGCUCUAAGUUUGCCAUUGAAAUUCUUUAUACCAGUAAUCCAUACACUGGUUGUUCAACUUACAGCAGCAUGUUACAGAUGACUGUUGGUGGUGGUUUUGGGUUUUUUUUUAAAGUGUUAAUAAUAUGAACUCCUUUCAUUUGAGUGCUGUAGUGUUAAAUUAGUAGAUGGACUUAGCAGUUUGGAGUGAUCCAUUUGGUAUGAAUUUCAUUUGUCUCUUUUGUGUGGAGUUUUAAAAAUCCAACAACCCUAAACUCUUCUACAUUUCAAAAUACUUGUGUGUUUUCAAAGAAAAUAAAGCUGAUAGUUAACAGGUUUUGAAAAUC